UCCUAUCGCAUAGCUUCCUUUCUUCAUCAAUCCCUAGUGUGUACUAGGAAUCAGAUCCUAGUGCAUCAAGUUGCUCAUUCAGUUCAAGGCGUCCAGUCUCCCAGCGUACGACGCAGUGAUGUGAUGUCCUGACGUCCCUUUGUUAUUUUCUGUACCACAAGCAGAAGAUUACCAUUCAAUUCGCCCCGCCACUGUCAGGUCAUCCUAGGCGUCUCCUUUAUUUUAUGCUCUCGGGUUUCCUGCCGCAACGAAAUAAUUGACGACUGUUUUGUUUCUCCCACAACGACACGAUCGCUUAGGAUCACAUCUAAAUUGAUCGGCGUAAAUCAUGGCGGCUGGAAAUGCGCGUAUCGUGAGAUAUAUUGUCUUCGCCUCCUUUUUUCUUGGAGUCCUCUACUUCAUUUCCAACAACCAGGGCUAUCACAUUCAACCCGACGCAUUCCACCUUAGUAAAACGCAACCAGUGAACCCUUUAGAAAAGGAGCAGUCUGUUCUUAAUGGCGGCAGCGGAUCAACUGAGGCGAGCUCGUUAGGGGCGGGUAGCAGCUCAAGUGGUACGGACUUCGGAGAUGGGGUGAAAGAUAAUGUAGAUCGUCCUGGAAAAUCGGGCUCGGCGGUGACCGGUAGUGACAGCAGCAACAUCGAACCCGACCCUAUGCAAGGCUCGACGAGACCCCCGCCGGGCACCCCCAAACAACAACCCGAUCUUGGAGAAGUCGCGAUGGCUCUGACUCCAAAUGAUCAUGGCUGGAAUGAUAUGCUUGGAACGGCGCCUGGUCCUCGUAUGAACGCCACCUUUGUCACCCUAGCCCGGAAUGGUGAUGUGUGGGAUAUUGCUCGAUCUAUCCGCCAGGUUGAGGAUCGGUUCAACCGCCGAUACAACUACGACUGGGUCUUCCUGAAUGACAAGCCUUUCGAUGAUACCUUCAAAAAGGUUACUACCUCUCUUGUCUCUGGUAAGACCUACUAUGGUGAGAUUCCUCAUGAACAUUGGUCUUUUCCAGAACAUAUCGAUCAGGACAAGGCAAAGAAAGUCCGCGAGGACAUGGCCCAGCGCAAGAUCAUUUACGGCGAUUCCAUUAGCUACCGCCACAUGUGCCGUUUCGAGUCUGGCUUCUUUUUCCGUCAGGAAUUGAUGAUGAAUUACGAGUGGUAUUGGCGUGUAGAACCAAGCAUCGAAUUAUUCUGCGACGUCCACUACGAUCCAUUCCGAUAUAUGUCCGAGCACAAGAAGAAGUAUAGCUUCGUGCUGAGUCUGUAUGAAUACGUUGAGACGAUCCCAACGUUGUGGGACAGUGUGAAGAAGUUUAUUAAAAAUUACCCUGAACAUAUUGUCGAUGGCAAUUCCAUGGGGUUCCUCAGCGACGAUGGCGGUGAAACAUACAACAAAUGCCAUUUUUGGUCCAAUUUCGAGAUCGGUAACCUUGAAUGGCUGCGAUCUAAACCGUAUAUCGACUUCUUUGAAUCUCUUGACCAAGACGGAGGCUUCUUUUACGAGCGUUGGGGAGACGCACCAGUUCAUUCCAUCGCCGCGGGUCUGCUCUUGAAGAAGGAGGAAAUCCACUUCUUCAACGACAUUGCAUAUUAUCAUGUUCCUUUUACUCAUUGCCCAACGGGCGAGCAGACUCGCAUUGACCUUCGUUGUCACUGUAAUCCGAAAGAGAACUUCGAUUGGAAGGGCUAUUCCUGUACAUCAAGAUAUUUUGACAUCAACAAGCUAGAGAAGCCAAAGGGAUAUGAAGACCAGGAAUAAGCGACAGG